GCGAAGAGCAAUAGGAGUUUGGAUCACUCCGCCGGGGCUUUAACGUGAACUAGAGCCGCAGACGGAGUAGCGGGCAGGCUGCUGUUGGUGCCCAGUCCCGGGACUAACUAACGCUUUUUCCUCCGCAGACCCUGGAGCUCCACAGGUACUCUGAUCUGAGGUUUACCGGGAUCUGUGUGUCUUGUGUUCGGAGCACGUCGCUGUGUUGGACACGAUGUCCUGCCCUCACCGCCUCCUGCUGGUUCUGCUAGUUCUGCUGGUUCACGACCCUCCGGCUCAGUCCAGGCCAGCCACAGAGGACACGCGCACAGCAGACACAGUGAAAUCCUCCGAAGACGAAGAAGAUGACGAGUCUUCGUCAGAGGAAAACAAGCUGUCCGACGAGCUGUCGACGAGCAGCGAGAAGCUGCAGCAGCCACUGGAGCCGCAGUGGGUGAUGCCAGACAAGAUGGAGAAGCUGCUUCACGCCGUUCCUGCAAGCACAACGGUGAAGUUUCGAUGCCAAGCAAUGGGAAACCCGCUUCCCUCCCUGCGCUGGUACAAGAAUGGGAACGAGCUGAGGAAGGACCAACGAAUCGGAGGCUACAAGAUCAGAGAGCACAUGUGGAGUCUAAUUAUGGAGUCAGUAGUUCCUUCUGAUAAAGGGAACUACACCUGUGUGGUGGAGAAUGAAUAUGGAAGCCUGCGACACACUUACCAGCUGGAUGUAGUCGAGCGCUCUCCUCACAGGCCCAUCCUGCAGGCCGGGCUGCCGGCCAACCAGACGGCAGUGGUUGGCAGCAACGUGGAUUUUGUGUGCCGCGUCUUCAGCGACCCACAGCCUCACAUCCAGUGGCUCAAACACAUCGUCAUCAACGGCAGCAAAGUGGGACCGGACGGACUGCCCUACGCUCGUGUUCUCAAAACUGCUAACGUGAACACCACAGACAGAGAGAUGGAGGUGCUGAAUCUGAGGAGUGUAACUCUGGAAGACUCUGGAGAGUACACCUGCCUGGCCGCCAACUCCAUUGGGGUGUCGCACCACUCUGCGUGGCUCACUGUGGUCGAUGACCCUCCGCCCUCCCCACUGACCUCGCAGGCGUACCUGGAGAUCUUCAUCUACUGCCUUGGGUUUUUCAUCAUCGUCGUCCUGACCGCCACAGCAGUCAUCUGCAGGCUCUGCUGUGUCCCGAAGAAAAGUGACUUCAGCAACCAGCUGGUCGUGCAGAAAUUAGCCAAGAGCGUGCCUCUGAAGAGACAGGUGAGGAGACAGGUGUCAGUCGAGUCGUCGUCCUCACUGCAAUCGGGGAUGUGUUUGAUGCGUCAGUCUCGUCUCUCCAGCGCGGCCACCACCGUCGUGGUGGGCACGUCGCAGUACGAACUUCCCUACGACCCUGCGUGGGAGCUGCCUCGUGACCGACUGACUCUGGGGAAGCCUCUGGGCGAAGGCUGCUUCGGUCAGGUGAUUCUGGCCGAGGCCAUCGGGAUAGACAAAAACAAACCGACACGGGUCACCAAAGUCGCCGUGAAGAUGCUCAAAGCCGAUGCCACGGAGAAGGAUCUGUCUGACCUCAUCUCUGAAAUGGAAAUGAUGAAGAUGAUCGGCAAACACAAGAACAUCAUUAACCUGGUGGGCGCCUGCACGCAGGACGGUCCUCUCUAUGUGGUAGUGGAGUACGCUGCGCAGGGUAAUCUGAGGGAGUAUCUGCGAGCUCGCCGGCCAGUUGGAGCGGAAUACUGGAGCGGCUCCAGGCAGGCGCCGCUGGGCAGCCUGGAGGUCAGGGAGCUGGUGUCGGCAGCGUACCAGGUGGCCCGAGGGAUGGCAUACCUCGCAUCAAAGAAGUGCAUUCACAGAGACUUGGCGGCCCGGAACGUUCUAGUCACUGAAGACAGCGUAAUGAAGAUCGCCGACUUCGGUCUGGCUCGAGACAUCCACCACAUCGACUACUACAAGAAGACCACCAAUGGUCGGUUGCCAGUGAAGUGGAUGGCGCCGGAAGCUUUGUUUGACCGAAUCUACACACACCAGAGCGACGUCUGGUCAUUCGGGGUCCUGCUGUGGGAGAUCUUCACCCUCGGGGGGUCUCCGUACCCCGGCGUCCCUGUCGAGGAGCUCUUCAAGCUGCUGAAGGAGGGACACCGCAUGGAGAAACCAUCGGCGUGCCCUCAGGAGCUGUGAGUACAUCAUCACAUCAAACGCUUCAGUCUGACACUUAAGCAGAGGAGCCGGUCAUUCCUGGAAAACUCAGCAGAAGAGACAGCUUCAUUAAAUGCCAAUAUCUGAAAACAUGAGACCUGGAGGAUGAGCCGACUUUAAAAAUCCAACAUUUACGACUUUUAUGCUCUAAAUUCACUUGAAAUUAGUCAAACAAGUAUCUCCAGACAGCUGCAGCUA